ACAAGCUACGCAGGCGUGGACCGCACAGUUGCGCUAGUAUCCUGCGUGCCGUCUCCUUGGUUGCAGCCUGAAACUUGCAACCAAAAUGGGCCGAAAAGUGACCGUGGCCACCUGUGCACUCAAUCAGUGGGCCCUGGACUUUGAGGGCAAUUUCCAGAGGAUUUUAAAGAGUAUUCAAAUUGCCAAAGGCAAAGGUGCAAGAUACAGGCUUGGACCAGAACUAGAAAUAUGCGGCUAUGGAUGCUGGGACCAUUAUCACGAAUCAGACACUCUCCUGCAUUCGCUCCAAGUUCUGGCUGCUCUUCUGGACUCUCCGGUCACUCAGGACAUCAUCUGUGAUGUGGGGAUGCCUAUAAUGCACCGGAAUGUUCGAUACAACUGCAGAGUCAUCUUUCUCAACAGGAAGAUCCUGCUCAUCAGACCCAAGAUGGCCUUGGCCAACGAAGGCAACUACCGAGAACUGCGCUGGUUCACCCCCUGGGCCAGGAGCCGACAAACUGAGGAGUAUGUCCUCCCUCGGAUGCUACAGGACCUGACAGAGCAGAAAACUGUGCCCUUUGGAGAUGUGGUUCUGGCCACCCAGGACACCUGUGUCGGGAGUGAGAUCUGUGAGGAGCUCUGGACACCACGCAGCCCCCACGUUGACAUGGGCCUGGAUGGUGUGGAGAUCAUCACCAACGCCUCAGGCAGCCACCACGUGCUGCGCAAAGCCCAUACCAGAGUGGAUCUGGUAACCAUGGCCACUUCCAAGAAUGGUGGCAUCUACCUGCUAGCCAACCAGAAGGGCUGCGACGGUGACCGUCUCUACUAUGAUGGCUGUGCCAUGAUUGCUAUGAACGGGAGCAUCUUUGCCCAGGGCACUCAGUUCUCAUUGGAUGAUGUGGAGGUUCUCACUGCCACCCUGGACCUGGAAGAUGUCAGGAGCUACAGGGCAGAGAUCUCAUCUCGAAACCUAGAGGCAGCCAGGGUGAGCCCGUACCCCCGGGUGACGGUGGACUUUGCCCUUUCUGUCAGUGAAGACUUGUUGGAGCCGGUAUCAGAGCCUGUGCAGUGGACAUACCACAGGCCUGAGGAGGAGAUAAGCCUCGGACCUGCCUGCUGGCUCUGGGACUUCCUUCGACGGAGCAAACAGGCUGGGUUCUUCCUGCCCCUGAGUGGCGGUGUGGACAGUGCAGCCAGCGCCUGCAUCGUCUACUCCAUGUGCUGUUUGGUCUGUGAGGCUGUGAAGAGCGGAAAUCGGCAAGUGCUGACAGAUGUCCAAAACCUGGUAGAUGAGAGCAGCUACACCCCACAGGAUCCCCGGGAGCUCUGCGGGCGGCUGCUCACAACUUGCUACAUGGCCAGCGAGAAUUCUUCCCAGGAGACGCACAGCAGGGCCACAAAACUGGCUCAGCUGAUUGGAAGCUACCACAUCAGUCUCAGCAUCGACACUGUUGUGAAGGCUGUCUUGGGCAUCUUCAGCCUGGUGACCCGGAAGUUGCCUCAGUUCUCAGCACACGGAGGGAGCAGCAGGGAGAACCUGGCCUUGCAGAAUGUGCAGGCUCGGAUUAGGAUGGUCCUUGCCUACCUGUUUGCUCAGCUGAGCCUCUGGUCUCGGGGUGCUCGAGGAAGCCUUCUUGUGCUUGGAUCUGCCAAUGUGGAUGAGAGUCUCCUCGGCUACCUGACCAAGUAUGACUGCUCCAGUGCGGACAUCAACCCCAUAGGUGGCAUCAGCAAGACAGACCUGAGGGCCUUUGUCCAGUUCUGUGCCGAGCGUUUUCAGCUUCCUGUUCUGCAGACCAUCCUGUCAGCCCCGGCCACUGCAGAGCUGGAGCCCUUAGCCGAUGGGCAGGUCUCUCAGAUGGAUGAGGAAGACAUGGGGAUGACGUAUGCAGAACUCUCCAUCUUCGGCAGGCUCCGGAAGGUCGCCAAGGCAGGGCCCUACAGCAUGUUCUGCAAACUGCUCAACAUGUGGAGAGACAGCUGUACACCGAGACAGGUGGCUGAGAAGGUGAAGCUAUUUUUCUCAAAGUACUCCAUGAACAGACACAAGAUGACGACCCUCACACCAGCAUAUCAUGCUGAAAACUACAGUCCUGAUGACAACAGGUUUGACUUGCGACCCUUUCUGUACAACACGAGGUGGCCCUGGCAGUUCCUCUGCAUUGACAACCAGGUUCUGCGGCUCGAGAAGAUGCAGUCCUGGGAUGAACGGCUCAUGGAGAACUUAAAAGGGCCAACACCUGUAUGGAAACAGCUCCUCCCCAAGGACCCCUAAUGUGAAUUCAAAUCACCAGUGGCCCCUGACACAGCCCGCCAGGAGCCAGGUUUUGUUUACCUUUCAAGGAAGAGAAAUCUAUUCUAAUGAAAUAAAAAAUAUAAA